CUGCGCCCGAGUCGGCCAUGUGGCUGCGGAGCUGCGCGGGGCUGCGGGAGGCGGCGCGGCUGGUCCUGCCCCUGGCCGCCGCCGCCUCCACCGGGGGGCCCUCCGGGGUUGCCCCGCCGCGCCGGUUGCUGUCGGGCUCGCCCUCCGAGAUCCUGCAGGAGCUGGGCCGGGCCGCCGCCGCCGCCCAGCACAGCGCCCCGCACAGCGCUCAGCACAGCGCCCCGCCCCCGGACGGGCCCGCGGACGCCCCAGCCCCCGACGGGAAGGACCCGCCGGCACCGGACAGUAAGAUAAAGCAGGGUCUUCUCCCCAGCCUGGAGGAUUUGCUGUUUUAUACCAUUGCAGAAGGGCAAGAGAAAAUACCCGUCCACAAAUUCAUCACCGCGCUCAAAUCUACGGGCUUGCGCACCUCCGAUCCCCGGCUGAAGGAGUGCAUGGACAUGCUACGAUUAACUCUCCAGACCACCUCAGACGGCGUCAUGCUGGACAAGGAUCUUUUUAAAAAGUGUGUACAAAGCAACAUUGUGUUGCUGACUCAAGCCUUCAGAAGGAAGUUUGUCAUUCCAGACUUUAUGUCUUUCACCUCUCACAUCGAUGAGCUGUACGAAAGUGCGAAGAAGCAGUCGGGAGGAAAGGUGGCCGACUAUAUCCCUCAACUGGCCAAGUUCAGCCCUGACUUGUGGGGAGUGUCGGUUUGUACGGUGGAUGGACAGAGGCACUCGAUCGGAGACACCAAGGUCCCCUUUUGCCUGCAGUCCUGCGUGAAGCCGCUGAAAUACGCCAUCUCGGUGAACGACCUGGGAACGGAGUACGUGCACCGUUACGUGGGCAAAGAGCCGAGCGGACUGCGCUUUAACAAGCUGUUCCUGAACGAAGAUGACAGACCGCACAACCCAAUGGUGAACGCAGGAGCCAUUGUCAUCACGUCGCUGAUCAAGCAAGGAGUAAACAACGCGGAGAAAUUUGACUAUGUGAUGCAGUUUCUGAACAAGAUGGCGGGGAACGAGUACGUUGGAUUCAGCAACGCCACGUUUCAGUCUGAAAGAGAAAGCGGGGACCGAAAUUUUGCCAUCGGAUAUUAUCUGAAGGAGAAAAAGUGUUUCCCCGAAGGCACGGACAUGGUCGGCAUAUUAGACUUCUACUUCCAGCUGUGCUCCAUCGAGGUGACCUGCGAGUCCGCCAGCGUGAUGGCCGCCACCCUGGCCAACGGCGGCUUCUGCCCCAUCACCGGCGAGCGGGUGCUGAGCCCCGAAGCCGUCCGCAACACGCUGAGCCUCAUGCACUCCUGCGGCAUGUACGACUUCUCCGGGCAGUUCGCUUUCCACGUGGGGCUCCCCGCCAAGUCUGGCGUGGCCGGCGGCAUCCUUCUGGUGGUCCCCAACGUCAUGGGCAUGAUGUGCUGGUCUCCUCCCCUGGACAAGAUGGGCAACAGCGUCAAGGGAAUCCACUUCUGUCACGAUCUGGUGUCCUUGUGCAAUUUCCACAACUAUGAUAAUUUGAGACACUUUGCCAAAAAACUCGAUCCUCGCAGAGAAGGUGGAGAUCAGAGGGUGAAGUCCGUCAUCAACCUCCUGUUUGCCGCCUACACGGGAGACGUGUCCGCCCUGCGCAGGUUCGCCCUGUCGGCCAUGGACAUGGAACAGCGCGACUACGAUUCCCGCACGGCCCUCCACGUCGCCGCCGCCGAAGGGCACGUGGAAGUCGUCAAGUUCUUGCUGGAGGCCUGCAAGGUCAACCCUUUCCCCAAGGACAGGUGGAACAACACGCCGAUGGACGAGGCGCUGCACUUUGGCCACCACGACGUGUUCAAGAUCCUGCAGGAAUACCAGGUCCAGUACACGCCGCCCGGAGACCCCGGCCACGACGGCGCCCAGGGCAGCCAGACGGUGCACAAGAACCUGGACGGGCUGUUGUAGCCGCCCCCGGCCCGCCCCCGCCCGCUCCCCCACCCCCCCCCCGCGCCAGCCAGCACCGUCGCUUCCCCGGCCUCGCCGUCGUCUUCCUAAUUUAUUCGUCAGUCCGUCCUUGGUGCCACCUCGGGGCACUGGAGCUGGGGCCCGGGCGGCGGGUGGGCGUGAAGGGUUGCGGGGCGGCCCCGGCUGACCAAAAGGCACCAAACUUUCACAUUCCUGGGGGGUGGGAAUGGGGGCGGCCCCUGACCCCCGCCGGAUCCCGGCCUCCCUGCCCUGCCCACAUUCGGCCCUCUCCCUGGGCGGCAGCCCACCCGUCACCCGCCCCGUCCGGGAUGAUGCCCGCCCUCCAGCCGCCCGAGGGAGGCCACGAGGGGCCUUCUCGGGGAGGUGGAUCAGCUUGGCUUUGAUGGACGCCCAACCUGGGCCUCCUCGGCUUCUCCCGGUAGUGAAAUAGCCGGGGGUCGUCCCCGCUGAGCCCCGCCGCCCUUCCCCAACUCCCGCAUCCUCCCGGGCACCCGCGGCCCACCCCCUCACACCAUCACACCCGCUCCGGCCCGGCCCGGGCCACCGCGCCCGGCCUCCGCCGAUAGGAUGGUGGUCGCCGGGGUCCCCGAAGCCCCCCUUCCCUGCUCCCGGCAACCCAUCUCCCCCGCCCCCCCGGCUUCAGCUGUGGGUGAGGUGCCCGGCGGGCAUCCUCUGACGGCGGCCGCCGUCGCUCAGACCCGUCGGGCGCACGUCCGUUAGCGGGGCCGUUUCUGUCGUCCGUGAAAUCAGAGCUCGCUGCGCUCUCGGGCCAAAUAAAGGAGUGUCCGAC